AGAUGCUUGACUAACGAACGGAUUAUUUAACGCGCCGUAAAAAUGGCAACGCUUGCAAUCAACAAAUUCAUGUUACGAAAAUUACAUUAUUAGAAUUUACAAUCGAGGCGUCAGUUGAGAGUUUUGUCGAAAAACAUUCAAUUAAAGCGACGGAUCCGCGAGUGUCUUCAGUUAAUUUCGACUGUCUAUAUAUAGAAACUUCUAUAUAUGCACAAAUAAUUGCAAAUAGGUUAAAUAUUUAGCAUCUCGAGAUGGGAAAUCAGCCGGGAAAGCUGCAUGCCCAUGCACAGAGCGGUCGACCCAAGAAGAAUGUCCACUGGAAGUCUGCAGAACGACCCUCUCCGCCUGGUCGGCCUAUACUGACGCCGCUGUCGCUCUCGGAGCAGCAGCCCGAUGUGGUCAACCUGCGCUGGGAUCGUCCGCUACUCGACGGAGGCUCUCCAAUCACCGGCUACACGGUGGAGCACCGUCGCAUGGGCUCGCCGCAUUGGGUGCGUGCCACACCCACGCCUGUCUCCCGGUGCGAUGUCUGCAUCAGUGGACUGGAGCCAGGCUGGCGAUACCAAUUUCGCUGCUUUGCCGAGAACAUCGUGGGACGAUCCGACGCUAGCGAGCUCUCUGAUCCCCUAACGGUUACACUCCAGCGCAACGCGAUAACUGUUCCCCGCUUUAUCGACGAGCUGUUGGACACUGAUGCGGUGGAGGACGAGCGGAUCGAGUUCCGGGUGCGCAUCCUGGGCGAACCGCCGCCGGAGAUCAACUGGUUCAAGGAUGGCUAUGAGAUCUUCAGCAGUCGACGCACCAAGAUCGUCAACGACAACGACGCCAGUGUUCUGAUCAUCCACCAAGUGGCACUGACGGACGAAGGCGAAAUCAAGUGCACAGCAACGAACCGAGCUGGCCACGUGGUGACCAAAGCCAGGCUUAUGGUGCAGGCGCCACCCAAGAUUCGUUUGCCACGCACCUACGAGGACGGACUCAUCGUGGAAGCCGACGAGGUACUGCGUCUGAAGGUCGGCAUUGCCGGACAGCCGCCGCCGGCCAUUAGCUGGCUCCAUGAGGGCGAAGUGAUUGCCCCUGGUGGACGAUUCGAGGUCACCAAUACGGAGAAAAAUUCGCUUCUCAAGAUAGACAACGUGCAUCGGGAGGACCGUGGCGAAUACAUGGUGCGUGCAUGGAACAAGCUGGGGGAAGACAACACAUCGUUUCUGGUCACGGUAACGGCACGGCCGAAUGCCCCGGGUGCUCCCCGUCUGAACAUGUCGUUCGGCAAGUCCGCAACGCUCUCCUGGACGGCACCUCUGGACGAUGGCGGCUGCAAGAUCGGCAACUACAUUGUGGAGUACUUUCGAAUUGGCUGGAACGUCUGGCUAAAGGCCGCCACCACGCGGGCCCUGACGACCACUCUACACGAUCUGAUAGAGGGCUCGGAGUACAAGUUCCGCGUCAAGGCUGAGAACCCCUAUGGCCUGAGUGAGCCAUCCGAGGAGUCGGAGCUGCUCUUCAUACCCGAUCCCAAGCGUGGCAUCACCAAGCCCAAGUCUGCCACCAAAAUUGCCGGCGAGGAGAAGGAUAAGCCCAAGUCGGACGCCGUCCAAGUACCGCCACGCCGCAAGACGCUCUCUCCACCACGUCCCCAUGCAGAUGCUGCGACGGGCAUGUCGCCCAAGCAGUCACCAAACGCCAAACGCAAGCCAAAGCCUCAGCUCAUCGACAAUGAGCAGCUGCACCAUGAAAUGUCCUACGGCACCUCGGACCAGGCUCUAAGAAUGGACGUCCGCAAGAGCCCCUCCCAGAGCAGUGCCGACUCGUCGGCCAAGCCGGCGGCUGGAUCCAAUAACAAGCUCAACCUCACGCUGAUCACCACCACCGCUCUGGUCGAGAAGACAGAGCCCCCGGCUAGGCCCCAGAAGUCGCCAGUUGGCUCACCUCUCAAGUUGUUCAAUACCAAGCCCACGGCUGUGGCCAAAGAGAGGUCCCCACUGCAGCCCCAACCACAGCCCCUGCCCACUCCGCCUGCGGAAAAGCCGGGUAAAACGGUCCUCCACCGAAAACGAAGUCUGAGUCCGCCAACGAAUCGACAACACUCCGAAACGAAACCAACAUCACCACCGGAGCCCAUCAAGUCAACUCCAGCCCUGCAGCGUAGUGCGGAGCCUGUCCAGCUGGGGGUUAACCAGAAUGUGAGACGAUUCUCGGGCCAGGCCCUGAGUCCGGCGAGGAACGUACCCACCCUGGCAUUGGCAGUGGCUGCCAGUGCUAGUGCGGUGAUUGGCGAAAGGCUGCCCACCAUUGAGAUCAGUGCACCACCACCAGCCACAGCAACAGCAACAGCCACAGCUCCGCUUCUAGUUCCAGUCCCGGAAGAGUCCCCCAAACCGAAACACAAGCCCAAACCAGACUCUUCUCCAGUUCCGAGACGUACCUCCAGGUUUGCGGACAAGCACGACGAGGUGCACACCAGCAACGAGUUCAUGCUCGUCGUCUUCGACAAGAACAGCAAGGUCAAGGAUAAGGACAAGCAAGAUUCCUUCGAGCUAGACCUGGAGGAUGCCAUACAGCCACCGCCCAUAUCCAUCUCCGCACCAGAUCUGGCAUUUCUGGAGUUCAACAACCUGCAUACCACCUUCCCGCUGCGCCGGUCCGUGAGCUCCACCGAGCUGCUCUACGAGCGAGCAAUGGCGAGAUUCUAUGAGGCGGUAGAGCUGGAGCAAGCCGCCAAGUCGAGAAAGGCCUCCCAGGACAGAAUAGCAAGCAGUACGCAGGCGCCUGUUCCGCCGGCUAAUCUCCGCAAACGCCUGGGCUCCAUUUCAGAGGCAGAGCGCGUUUCGUUCGAGCGGAGGAGCGAACUGCGUCGGCAAUCAGCGGACAUGGUUAGCAUGGGUCGAAAGUGGGACUCAAGGGAGAAUGUCAACGAUCUGAGCAGCCUCUCACGCACGCACACUACGGGACAGAUUUCGGGCGAGGAACAGCAGCGCAUCCGGGAACACGAAGAGCUUGACGAAGAAGAGCGGACCGAGAGCACAGCAGAAGACAGUGAAGACAUGAAUAUGGAGAUGGAUGAGGACUAUCCAGCACAGGGUAAACAGCAGUCCAGCUACGAUCUGGGAUCCGACUACACCGAGAGCACUGCCUCCUCGGAGCAGGACUCCAUUGAGAAGUUCAAGAUGGAACUGCUGGCUCGCACUCGCUCGCCCAGCCCCCGCGAUCUGGAGACGUACCAUCCUCGGAACAUGGGCGCUGGCACCUUUACACCCUAUCGCGCCCCCACACCGGAGCAGGCAGCUGUUGUGCUCAACCGCCCUAUGCCUCUGCCCAGUCCAGACUUUGUCCCCAAGCCGAUCCUUAAACGCUCGUCCAACGAGCAUGUGGAGCAGCCGGUGAGCCCACCCAACAGUCCAUCCUUGCCUGGAAAUGGCAAUGGAUCCACAGCCACCUCCGCAGUGGGAGUUGCAGCCAUCCCACAGCCAUCCGUACCAAAUGCUGCGCCCAAUCCCAGUACGAGCAGCUUAAAGAUGGACCUGGCCAAAGGCAUAAAGUCGUUCUUUAGUCGCGACAAGCGAUCCGCCACCGAGAAGAACACUGAAGCCAACGAGGAGAUAUCGAAUCCUCUGGAGAAAACCAAUGCCGCUGCCAUUGCGGCUGAUUUGGAGGUCAAACGCAGGGCCAAGGAGGAAGAGGAACUACGUCGCCUAGAGGCCGAGCGCCUCAUGCAGGAGGAGGCCCAUGCCGCCGUCGAUCACUACAGCGACCUAGUCCGGGAGGUGGGCAGCUCCCACAAAUACCACACGCCACUCUACUUGGACCGCGAGGAGCUGAAGCGGGCCGCCGCCAAGGCAGCAGCCGAAACUGACGAGGAUGAGGGAUCCAUGUCAAACACGGAGGAACACAGGAGGCGGCUGGCUAGCAAGACCAACGACGACAUGCUGUUGGCACCCCCAGUAGUCAGUCGGGAGCGGCGUCUGUCCAUCUCGGAGAGGGAGCAGCUGGUACAUGUCCGUGAUGCGUCCAGUAAUCUGGCGUAUCACAAAUCACGCGACAAAGAUGAGUUAGUGCGGGAGGAGAGCGAGCAGCAGACUCAAAGGCAGAAGGAGGAGGAGGAGCCGGAGUACCCGACUAUCCUAGUGGUGCCCCCUCUUAAAACAAGGAACAAGACGGAGGCGGAGAGUGAGAGCGUCAUGAGCGAGACGGUCGAGGCUCGUCCCGAUGCCCGGGGACGAACGCGUCUCGUAAAGGUAAAGCGGGUGAUUAAGCGGCGGGUUCCGUCCAGCACUCGGUCUCGCGACACCUCGCUCAAUAGACCCCCACCACCAGCUACGGGAAGCCUGGCUCUGGCAGUAGAGAGGACCUCACAGACGGCCUUGGUUCUGUCAAGCGCCGAGCGGGAUCUUCUGGAGAGAGCGUCCGCACUGGCGGUGCUCCAAUCGGAGGAGCAUACGCACGAGAAGGUCCGCUCGGCUCUCAGCUACUGUACGGAUCUGGUUCUCUUCCUGGUUGCCUGUUAUGUGUACUUGUUCAAGGACGCGAGACUGGUCCUGCCAAUUCUGGGGCUGAUCAUUUACCGCCAACUGGGCGAAGCCGUAAGGGGCUAUAUACCCACCUGGUUGCGUCGCAAGGGCAACGACGAGGCCUGAUCCUCUGGUCUUGGUCAUCCUCACAUGCGUUUAUCGAUUAAGCUAGUUUUUAUUAAUGUCGACUUAUUUAUGUAUCUUAAGCUAAAGUUCUGUUACGGAAUAUCAAAGAAUCCUUGUCAGAGCCGAGCCGAGCCUCGUACUCAAUAUGCUGUAUACGUCAAGAGUCCUUGCAAAUCUAUUCCGAAUUCUGUCCAAAGUAGGUCGAAAAGGCUUGGUACAUCAUUGAAAUGAUUCAUUGUUGACUUUCCCACCGUUUCUCCAAUGAAGAUUCGCUGGUACUAAUAAUUUAAUAACCUUGAAGAUAAGUUUAUCACUUAACCAGGUCCGUCUACCUGCUGUGUAUAUGCAUCGAGUUAUACGAUGUGUAUCAAAAGUGUGUCCGCUGUGGGAAAAGACUUGAGUUUUUUUUAACCAAUUAAUGACAAUCGUCUUAUAAAAUGCCGUCUCUGAAGAAUGGUAAAAAAUUGUAAUUGCAUGGGACCCUACUUUUCAAUUUGCAAGGAUAUUUCAUUCUUCGGUUCCCGAAGCUCGACUAUUUUCCUUUUCUUUUAAAAAUGAUGAGUGUGUGUUUGUUAGGGUUGUUCAUUGAAGACCUAUUCGACCAUAAAUUCUACAUAUGUACAUAUGUAUGUAUUUAUGUUUCAUUUUGUGCCCCUCAUGUUAUG